AUGACUGAAGACGAGACUAAACCGGCUAAAAGUGAAAGGAAAACUUUGACAAAAUCCAAUCUCCUUGUCGAAAGACAGUCUAAAAUUAGAAAUGACGAAGGUGAAACCUGGAAAAACUUAGUGAAAAUCAAAACCCCAACUAAAGAACAAACCUAUAAGUUAAAGAUCAAAUGCCAAGCUAUUAUUA